GGCACCGGCACCGCAGCAUCCCGGACGUGCCUCUGCCGCUCUCGGCCCCGGGGCUGCUUCGCCGGGGGCUCGCCCUGUGCAGGGCCCUGCCGGGACCCCAUCGGCGCGGCCUCUGCGAGAAACACCGCUCGCCGACAGCCAUGGACGGGGACAGGGUGGACAUAGACGGCGGGAUCAUGGAGGGGGGCGGGCAGAUCCUGCGGGUGUCCACGGCGCUGAGCUGCCUGCUGGGGCUGCCGCUGCGGGUGCGCCGGAUCCGUGCCGGGCGGAACCAGCCCGGCCUCAGGCCUCAGCAUCUGUCUGGAUUGGAGAUUGUUCGGGAUCUGUGUGAUGGGAAGCUGAAUGGUGGAGAAAUUGGCUCAACAGAAAUAACCUUCACUCCUGGGAAGAUCAAAGGUGGAACCCACAUAGCAGAUACAAAAACAGCAGGGAGCGUGUGUCUACUGAUGCAGGUAGCAAUGCCCUGUGUGCUGUUUGCUGCUUCCCCAUCAGAGCUUCAUUUAAAAGGUGGGACUAAUGCUGAGAUGGCUCCUCAGAUAGACUACACAGUCAUGGUUUUUAAGCCAAUAAUUGAAAAGUUCAACUUCACAUUUCACUGUGACAUAAAAAAGAGGGGCUACUAUCCUCAGGGAGGUGGUGAAGUUGUGGUCCGGAUGUCUCCAGUCAAAGAGUUGAGCCCGAUCAACUUAACAGAACGUGGCACAGUGACAAAGAUAUAUGGAAGAGCAUUUGUUGCUGGAGCACUGCCUAUCAAACUGGCAAAAGACAUGUCAUCAGCAGCAGUGAGAUGCAUCAGAAAAGAAAUCAGAGAUCUUUAUAUUAACAUUCAGCCUGUUCGAGAACCUGAUGAUCAAGCUGUUGGGACUGGAAGUGGAAUAAUCAUUGUUGCAGAGACUUCAACAGGUUGUUUGUUAGCUGGGUCAUCACUUGGCAAGAGAGGAAAGAAUUCUGACAAGGUUGGCAUUGAAGCAGCUGAGAUGCUGCUUAAGAAUCUUAAACAUGGUGGAACUGUGGAUGAUUCUCUGCAAGACCAGCUGAUCAUUUUUAUGGCUCUAGCAAAGGGAGUGUCUAGAGUGAAAAGUGGACCAAUUACACUUCAUACUCAAACAGCUAUACACUUUGCAGAGCAGCUAACAAAGGCCAAAUUUACUGUGACAAAAGCAGAAGACGAAGAUCCCAGUAAUGAUACCUACAUCAUUGAGUGCCAAGGAGUGGGGAUGAUAAACCCAAACUUAUAGGGUUAAACAAAAAAGGCAGCAAGCUGACAAAGGAAACACUCAACAUACCUCAGUGAUGCAUCUGCAUCGCUACAUCUCAAAGGAUGUAUAGUCUGUGUGAACAGGAGAAACCUUCUGUCACAUCAGAGUGAUUUAACUUCAAGGAUGGUGUCAAGCUUUUCCUUGGUGUGGUGAGAAUCUGUCAUGUGAAACAUAAAAACUUUUUUUUUUUUUACUAUUAGCAGCAAAAUGAGUAACAAUAGGACAGGAAAUAGAAUAUAUUGUAUGUAUGUGAGAGCUUCACUCAGAAGCUUUGAAAAUCCAGCUUCACCAAAGUAGAAAAUAACUAUUUUAGUUCUGAAAAACUACUAUCAGUAUUUCUUUCCCUUUUGAAAAAUAUAAUUUUUAUUUUGUGGAAAAUUUUAUGUUAUGAGGUAUAUGGAAUGAAGUGCACCAUCAAAUCUGUAUCGCUGUUCUUCCUUAGACAUUUUGUUUAAAUUGUGUGUGAGGAAUAUUAAAGCAAUAUCACCCUA